AAAUAAAAGCCCCGUGUUAAGAUAACCCUCUGCUGUUUCCAUGCAGGUGGCCCUCUCCCCCUCGCCGCUCUGAGACUCCUGGUCCCCCCGAUACGACUGGUCUCAGCAGCCAUCUGGCACACCGUCCAGCAGAAAGUUGUGGCUGAUUAUGGGAUGCUUGAGGAGUUUGUUUCCAUGGUUACAGACAUAGUUCCAGAGCUACUCACCACUCGCCAAAAGGCCCAACUUGUCCUGGGCCUCAGAGCACGGCUGAUCCUGGAGCUGUGUCAGAGUGAAGGUACAGCCGGCUGGGAGCUGCUUCAGCCACACCUGGACAGAGUGCACAUGCUUAGCCAGGCAUGGGCGAUGGAGGCUGGUGUUGCAAAUGUGGAAGGGCGACACUCCAAAUUUGUGGAUCUAGUGUAUAACUUGCUGAAAAAUCCUGACGAAAGGGCCCGCUUCUUUCAGACGGUAUUCCCUGAAGAGUUUGGUCCCACUUAUGACGACGCACUUCACACCUUGGUGUGGAUGUUUCUGUGCAGACUGGAACAGUUCCUUCCUCUUCAGACUUUCCAACAGGUUGAGUCCACAUUUGGCGAGGUAUCCUCAGUUCUGGAGGAAGGUAUGGACUCAGUGUCUCGUUGUGAAGAGGUCCGAACCCUGCUGCAGUAUCAUACAGGCCUCAGCCAGCUGGAUCCCAAUGAUGGGUCCGUGGAUGGUGCCUUCAUUUUUUCAGCUCUCAAACUCCCCUCUGUAGAAAGAACUACGAAAGACAAACUACAAACCAACAUCUGGGAUACUGUGCCGUCACGCACAUCUGGGUUGGAGACGGAAUCUUUAACACGGUCUCAUACAGCACAGGUGAACACGGAAACAACCACAGAACAUCAGACCAGUGAGAUAACGGUCGAUGCAACGAACAGGACUCCUGGUGGGAAAGGAACAGAUGUGCUUUUAGAAGAGAUAACAAGACAUGAAGAAAAUGUAAGCCUUCUUCAAAGCCAAGUGGAGGAUGCUCCUCGCCUUCUAAAACAAUGCCGUGUUCAGUUAAAAAGACUGGACACGCCUCUGUCUUUGCAUUCUCGACCUGUGAGACAAAACCGAGGCAUGAGGAUGAAAAGCAUUCUGUUGGAAGAGAAAAGAAGUCUCUGUGAAGAUGCCUACGAACCAGCUUCUAGGAAAACCAAAUCCUCCAACAGGGCUCCUUUACACGUCUCGGACCAUGAGGAAUCAAGCAGCUUGAGCAAAGACGAAGACUUGUGUAUGGCUCCAAUCAAUAUUUGCAGCGAAGACAACUCAUGGUCUUACUACUCCGAUGACGACUCUUGCCAUAAGACUGCUACUAGUAGUAGUCUUAGUACAUCUGAUUCAUGGUCCAACUAUUCUGAUGAGUCGUCCUUUGUGACUCCUGCCAGUAGUUCUACUGAAGGUGAUUUGUUGUCAAAGGAGGGCCCGUCCUUCCUCAGUCCUAAGGAUGUGUCGGCUACCAGAAGGAAGCCGGGUAUCUCCAACAUCAAAGCCAGCACGCCAAAGAAGCAUCGAGAAGUCCAGUGUUUUAUCUGUAGGAAGCAGGUGAAUACAAGUCUGAGGGCUCACAUGGAAACCCACUUCCCCACGGGGGAUUACGCCUGCCCUCGAUGCGACGCCAGGUUCAGAAUCUUCUCAUCUUUUAAGCUGCACUUAAACAGAACCUGCUUUGAGUACAGUCAGCAGCGCGUCGAUCCGCAGAAGCCGGACGAGGCCAUGAAUCUCAACAAAUGCGACAAAUGCCAAGAGGCGUUCAGGUACAAACUUUCACUGCAACGGCACAAACUGACCCACAACGAUCUCUACUGCAGUGUGUGUAGGAAGGUGUUACGGGACGCAGCGACGUUGGCAAGGCACAAGGCGUCUCACACCCUGUUUCAGUGUAGCCGCUGCGAGGAGGCCUUCUCUGUUUUUAAGCCCUUGCUCAGGCAUUGCGAAAACAUCCAUAAAAUAAGCAGGCCGUUUAAAUGCAACCAUUGUCCAAAAAUUGUAUCCAAGCUGCGCAUCUUAAUCGCACACGAGUGGAAACAUACGGGUCACCUACCGUUCCAGUGCGCUCAGUGUGGCUUGAGAUUCAAAAGUGACGGAGAUCUUGUUUCCCACGACAGAGUCCACACGAGGGAGAAACCCUACCUGUGUGCUGAGUGCGGCAAGACUUUCUCCCAAAAGUCCAACCUGUUGCGCCACUUGAAUUUGAUCCACGGUGAGUCUCGAAAUGAGAAGAAAUAUUCUUGCACGGAGUGUGAGAAAUCCUUUAAAGAAAAAGGAGCCCUGAAAAAACACCAGAGGACCAAACACUUGAAUGAGUUGUUCCGUCAUCCGUGCCCGUACUGUGGAAAGAUGCUCUCAGCGUCAACAAUCGCCAGACAUAAGUUAAUCCAUACGGGGGAGAAACCUUUCAAAUGCACAGUGCCUGACUGUGACAAGUACUUCAGGUCAAACUGUGAAGUGAAGAAGCAUGUCCUUAUGCACCACAGUACAGAGAGACCAUAUAAAUGUGAUGUCUGUGGUAAGGGCUUUGUAAAAAUGUGUUAUCUCAACACACAUGCUAAAAUACACUCAGGACAGAAGCCAUUUGUUUGCCAAAUCUGCGGUAAAGCUUUCCCCAAGCUCUACAGCAUGCAAAGACACCAAAAACUGGUACAUACAUUUGAAACGCAUUAACCUUGCAUGGUGUGAACACGGAUCAAGUUCAACAACGCUAUGUAACGUCCUUUUGAAGGUUAGUCCAAGAAUAAGUCUUGGAUCGGUCAAGUCUGAUCUUGGUUAAUCUUGGUUUCUGUUUUUCCUGACGUAUACAUUGAGAAACAGUGGCUUGAA